AUGGCAGGGCACGGUCCGAGAGCAUCUGUCCACCAGCAGCAAAGGUCAGCACAUGCCAGGUACGGGACCGGAUGGCUAGCGCAGUUUAGCAAAGAAAUCGCGCCACUAAUUUCUGUAGCCAUCCCUACGCCUGCAGGUGAAGGCGUCGCAUCAAUCGGUCUAGAUGGAAAAAGAACGGGACCUGCACGGUGGGGUCGGGCGAUCGCGGAGGUCUUGCCGGAUUGGGCCGAGUCAGGCGCUGUUUCUCUGCGCUUCCAUCUGCGACCUACUGCUCCUGUUGUUGUGGUUCCAGUAAACCGUCCAGCCGAUGGCGACAACUUGGGCAACCUGGCCAGACGUGCCAGGAUGAUGCCCGGAAGCCCUCAAGGUUCCGACCACACUGAAAGAGGGAAAAGAGCAUCGGCCCUGCAAUCAAAGGCAUUGGCCCAGAACCAACAUCCCAAUGACGAUCUUCGUAGCAGGUUCCAGGCACGAACCAAUUCCUUCUCAUUCAUGGGGGUCAACAUCUUGGUCCGAGGACCCACCGACCCCAGAAUUGCUGGAAAACCUUCCCCUGGUCCACAGUUUGUCCUCGGCCACCGUAUACCCGCCAUAGGCUCAUCCACGGCCAUUCAGUCGGAAUUCAUCAGAGCCAGUCUCAGCCUCAAGCAUUCGUUCGGUCUUUCCAGUCCUCUCUCUAUUCUCGCACUUAAUAUCUAUUCAUUCACCGUCGUUUACGUCGCCAAAAUGAAGUUCACCGCUGCCUUGUUCACUAUGCUGGCCACCAGUGUCAUGGCCACUCCCGCCAUCGUCGAGCGUGAUGCCUCUGCUAUCACCGACGUCCUGUCCCAGAUCCAGACCCAGGUCCAGGCCCUGGACUCUGCCAUCAAUGCCUACUCUGGUGGCGACCCCAGCAAGGUCGAGUCGGCCUCUACCUCUUUGGUCUCCGAUAUCAACUCUGGCGUGACCACUGUCAACAAGGCUUCUGAGCUCAGUGCCACCGAUGCUCUGACCAUCACUGGCCCUGUCCAGGAUGUCACCAAGGAGGUUCAGACCACCAUCAGUGAUCUGAUUGCGAAGAAGUCCCAGUUCGUCGCUGCUGGCUCUGGCGGCACCGUCUACUCCCAGCUCGAGAAGCAGUACACUGCUUCCAAGAACCUGGCCGAUGCCAUCACCUCCAAGGUCCCGUCCUCUCUUUCUAGCAUCGCCAGCUCCCUGGCUUCCGGUAUCACCGACGCCAUCCAGAAGGGUGUUGAUGCCUACAAGGACGCUGCCAACUCCUCCCCUGCAUCCAGCUCGGAGGCUUCCAGCGCCACCUCUGCGGCCACCUCUGCUACCUCCGCUGCUUCUGCUGCUACUUCUGCUACUGAGGCCACCACCGAGUCCAGCAGCGCUGCCGCUUCCACCAGCUCCAGCCCCGUCAUCCCCGCUCCCGCCACCUCGGCCGCCGCUACCCCCAGCGGCUCUGCCUCUGCCUCUGCCUCCGCCUCUGCUACCCCCUCCCUCUUCACCGGUGCUGCCCCUGCGGACCGUUGCAACUUCGUCCUGGGUGGUGCUGUUGCUGCUGCCGCCAUGGCCAUGGCUGCCUAA